GCACACCGGCACGCGAAAUGGGGUCUCGCGCACCCAACGCGCACGACCGCCCACUCUGCGUUGACGUCAUUUUUGCCGCGCGCACCAACGCGCCCAUGCGGACGCGGCGAGUAUAAACAUAGCUUUAAGCAACUUCCUGAGUCGUAGCUGGGCGCCGUGGACAGGCGCCACCUGUUGGCAACGGUGUGCAUAUAUUCAUAGAAAACAAUGUGUUCGAUUUUUUUUUUUUUAGAAUGGCAAGGCGCUGAGCUGCGCGUCUGGUGUGUGAUUCCCAUAAGACUUUGCACAGUAGUGUAUAUCAAGGAAUGAAAAAGAGAUUAUCUGCCAUGUCAUGAUAUCUGUGGAACCAUGGGCUAAGAGGCCAUAUAUUCCUGAAAAUAAACUAAAACCUUAAGGGUUCACAUACUUUUUCCACAAGCACAUGAGUUUUUUUGGAUGUUUUUAAUAAAGACAUGAAAGAUCAGAAUUUUUUGUGUAAUUAUUUUUAGACACAUUAUGUUUGUCAAUACCCUUAACUUAGGUAAAUAUCAGAUCACAUUUUAUGACAAAUUUAUUCAGAAAACCAUGAAAUUCAAAAAGGUUCAUAUACUUUUUCUUGCCAUAUGUUUACUUCUCUCAAUCCUGAAUUGUCCUCCGAUUGGCCAGCUUACCAGUACGUUGUGAUUGGCCUGAAUACAUCUGACGUCAGCCGGAAAAGUGACGCUCCUUACCAUAUAUAUCAGCAAUGCUGACAGAAGUUAGUACCGUCUUUACUACCUUAUCAAUAUGAGCCGAUUCUUGAGCAGGACACAACAGAUUGUUAAGGUAAGGAUCAGGGGCGGAGCCAGGGGGUGGCCACGGCCACCAUGGACAUAAUCACGGCCACCCUGCUUGUACUUGAAUUCUUAACCACGCAAAUAACUUUUCAAACACUGUCAUGUCUCCUUCGGUCUCAUGUUAGGUUAAAAAUAAAAUGGUUAAGUUGUGUCUGCUUUUCAAAACUAAUUGUUGCCAAGUGUCUAAAUUGAUGCAACGUGACUUUUAUUUCUUUCUCUCUCUCCUCACAGAGAUGCACUUCACUGUGGCAUUAACGGCUCUGGUCUCGUGCUCAGUCUUUGCACGCGUCGAUUGUGAGUCGUACAGAUGCGUGGCUUUACCGUCUAAAGAUCUGAGGGUGAACUGCAGCUCAAGGGGCAUCAGGACAUUUCCUCAACUGCCCGCCAAUAUUACAGAGCUGUUACUUCAACAUAAUCUCCUGACUACAGUAAGAGUGGGACAUUUGGAUUCGCUCUACAACCUGCGGGUGCUUAACUUAUCCGACAACCCGUUCCACUGCGACUGCACGAUCCGCUAUCUGAGUCAAUGGCUGAAGAGAAAUAAAGUGAAGUCCUCUGCGAUGGCGGUGUGUGCCACACCUGACGAACUCAUCCACAGGCCUAUCGACAGACUGACAGAUGACGAUUUCUCAUCCUGCGCCUCUUCUGAGUGCCCUGGGUUGCUUUAUAACAGUGUCUUAUGCUUCAUAUUGUGUAUCCUCAUCGGCUUACUGCUGUGGUGCGUGCAACUAGCGAGAAACUCGACUUUUACACUGGGAAUUGAUGAGAGACACUCGGGACUGGAGGCUGAAUCUCUUCGAUCACUCAAACCCAAACAUCGAGCCAGGAUGAGACGCAGUAUCGGUGGUGAUGACAUGGACAAACCUUUACUGAACAUGGAGCUUCUUCCUCAGAUACUGGACGCCCUUAACAAACAGCACAACAUUAAGAUUAAAGUGCCAUGAUUAAACAAGUGCUCUGUAAAGUGGAUUUCUCUAACAAUGGAUUAAAAACACUUCCUGAUUUUCCAGGGUUAAACAUCAUUGUUGAUUUACACUCGGAUAACAUUCCAAUCAACCAAUUUUAUUGUUUUUAUAAUCAUCAAAAUUAUUUAUUAUAAAGUAUUUGUUAGCAAUAAAUAAGCAUAAAACUCAUCAAUCUGAAAACACUCUUGAGUUUACACAAGUAACAACAAAUCAAUUCCAACAAAGUGGGAGGACAGGCACUCAUAACUCAUAAUCCAUAGCAAAAUAAGCCUGGAGAGAUGGAGAAGGUGGAUAAAGACAAUGGCAGGGGGAACUGAACUAUUACUUAAGUACAUCAAUGACAUGUGGAGUCCAACAGGGCUCUAUUCUUGCACCGCUUAUGUUUAAUUUGUAUAUGCUCCCUCCCACAUGGUCAAAUAAUAAAAAAGAACCAAAUUGCUUAACACAGCUAUGCAGAUGACACCCAGAUAUACUUAGCCCUGUCACCCAAUGACUACAGCCCCAUUGACUCUCUAUGUAAAUGCAUUAAUGAAAUUAAUUGUUGCAUGCGUCAAACUUCCUCCAGUUAAACAAAGGCAACACUGAGGUCAUUGUAUUUGGAAAUAAAGAUGAAACUCUCAAGGUUAACACAUACCUUAAUGGGGCGGUGAAUUUGUCGAUUUUAUUGUUUUAUACUGUUGUCUGAGGUCUACUUAUGAUGUUCGGGUGGUUUUUACAUUCAAAAACAUCAAAAACAAUAAGUAAUAGGCUAUUUUGUAACAUGGAUUAGUGGCUCUCUGGAGAAAAGCUUCGUUUGAAGGGGCAGGCCGCAUUGAAGACCUGGACGUAAACACCCACUGCUAUGAUUGGACGGCUUCAUUCCCCGUCAUUACAUGUGGGGGAAUGUUAUAAAAACAUUAAUGUGUGAAAAUAGCAGCCGAACACAUAUAUGUUUGAGCCCCAAAAGAUUCUGGGUGCUAAAGAUGAUACACAUAAAUGACAAUACGUAUAGUAAAGUAGAAACAAAACUUUAAACUCGACGUGACUAAAGUACCGUAUACAACACAGUAAACGCGCAUCAGAUUAUAAACUGCGGCUGAUAAGCUCUUAUCAAUAACUUUGUAUAUUUCUAUUGUGCUUGUGAGGUUGCUCUUAGAUACACGUAACGUUACAUACCACAGUUAUAUGAUAAAAAAAGCUUUGGUGAGUGUUUGACCGUUCAAACGCAACUUGCCUAAAUUAUACAACACAGUAAGCGGGCAUCAUAAUCUAAAUUGCGGCUGAUAAGUCCUUCCUUAUCACUACCUUUGCAUAUUUCUACCGUUAAAUUACAAUCGUAUUCUUAAGUGUUGCACCUUUAUUACUCGUUUAAUGUUUUUAGUAAAUUAAAACAGUCAAACAUACGUGUUUAGAUACGGAUGUUACAACAGGACAUAUCAAGCGAUCUCUUCUAACAAAGCAAUAGUGAAACGCAGUAACUUAAAUAAAGUAAAAUGUCUUACUUGCUGUGUCAUGUUCGUCAGAUCCAAUAUUAGUGGUGCUUUUAAUCACAGUCUCUCUGCAAAUCCAGCAUCGACUUGCUUCUUUAAAAGUGAAUCCGCACAGUACACAAGGUAAUCAAACACUCCCCACGCGAGCUGGAACUCUUCAAAAACAACCUUUAUCCACGCAUUCCUAAUGUUAUUUUCCGAGCCUCCGAAUUAAAGUAUUCAGCUUCUGCGUUGUUCCCACGCGGUUCUUCCACAACCCAAGACUUCGUCACCAUGGUAACUCUAUCAUAACAGAUCACCGCGUGAAAAUAAAAGUCUAUCAGAAAAAAUGUAUUUAAAAGUCAUUUUGAUUACAUUUGGCAAUCUUUAAAGACAUGUUUACUGAUUGAGACACACGUGGUGCUUCAAUUCUACUUUGAUGUCAUAUUUCUCCGAAUUCCACACUUGGUUGUAAAACUGGCUUGGUGCCAAAAACUGUUAUAUUUCAGUAGCACGGACGUUUUCAGUUCUAAAACAUGCAGGAUGUUCAUUUAACUAUGAUGACCUAUUAUAUAACAAAGUAUCAAGUUAAAAUUGAGUAUUUGAUUCACCGCUCCUUUAACUCUAGGGGUCUAAAGACACAAAAUAAAGUCAGAAAUCUUGGUGUAAUCUUAAGAGUCUGACCUUCAUUUCAUUAAUGAUGUGAAAGCAAUAAGCAAAUCAGCUUACUACCAUCUCAGAUAUAUUGCCAGAAUUAGUUGUUUUGUCUCAAGACAGGACUUAGAGAAACUUGUUCAUGGUUUCAUCACCAUCAGGGUGGAUUACUGCAAUGGACUUCUUACUGGGAUCCCCAUAAAGACCAUUAGACAGCUGCAGCUCAUACAAAACACUGCUGCCAGAAAUCACAAGAAACAAAAACCACAUCACUCCAAUCAGGUCCUUACACUGGCUUCCUGUUACAUUUAGAAUAGAUUUUAAAGUAUUGUUACUCGUUUAUAAAUCACUUCAUGGCUUAGGACCCAAAUACAUGACAGAUAUGCUAACUGAAUAUAAACCUAUUUUAUAUAAACAGAUUACUCAGAUCAUUAGGAUCCGGUCAGUUAGAAAUACCAAGGGUUCACUCAAAACAAGGUGCGUCAGCAUUUAGUUAGUAUGCCACCUCUAGCUGGAAUCAGCUUCCAGAAGAGAUCAGAUGUGCUUCAACAGUAAACAUUUUUAAAUCUAGAUUAAAAACACAUCUGUUUAACUCUGCAUUUACUGAAUGAGCACUGUGCUGCUUCACACUGACUGCACUUUUUUUCUCCAGUGAUUUUUUACUCAUGUUUUAUUCUUAUUCAUACAUUUGAAACUAUUUUUUAUUAAAAUCACAUUUAUUUUAUUU